AUGGUUUCUGAUCUGGCUACUGCCAUUCAGGGCCUCUCUCUCGACGAUCCCGGUGACUUGAACAUCGACGACAUCCUAUUUGAGCAACGGCCUCGUAAACGAGUCAAGCAGGAUGCAUCGGAACUCAAGUCUCACCUCGAGAAUAAGUUCCUCACGCCGUCAAUGCAAUUUUCGCCCGACUGGCUAAACCGUCUCCAGCAGCGCUGGGAUUGCCCGGUGGACUACACUGAACUGUUCAAGAUCGCCGCUCCUCAGACCAGGACUGUCACGCGCUUCCAGCGACAUGGACUGGAAGGCAGAGUGACUGGCUACAAAAACGUCACUGUCACUGCCAACAGCGCCACGGCCAAGAAUUCAACCUCAUUUCUGCGCAAACCUGCCAGCAGGGCCGACUUCGUCCGUGGUGCCGCAGGUUUUUUCCCGUUUGCGCCCGGUGGUUUGGAAGGCAUUGAAGCAACCGCCGCCCUGGAAGACCAGGUUCAACGUGCUGGUACAGGAGACGCUGCCUUCCCUUCUCACAAGCUCGAGAGAGUGAUCAAGCUCGGCGAAGGUGGUCUGCUCGAAGUUGCGCCUGGUCUCACCAGAGGUAUUGAUGUCAACAAGAAAAAGUCCAAUGAAGACGAAGCCAAAGCUGUCGAGCAAGAGUUGGAUCAGGAACCCGAGCAGGCACCUGGUGCCGACGAGUCUGGGCCCGAGUCACAGGUCACUCGGGAGAAGGAGGCUGAGUCCGACGAAGAGGACGGGGAGGACAUCGAUGCCAUUCUGCCUGUCGAGUUCCCGGCACUGGAACCACAUGGCGCCCUCGUGGCAUCCAGUGCCAGGAAGGCUGGUCGCGAGUGGGCUCACAUGGUGGACAUCAAGAGAGAAAUCCCCAACUUCAGAGAACUAGUACCGGACAUGGCCCGAGACUGGCCCUUCGAGCUCGACACAUUCCAGAAGGAGGCUAUCUACCACCUUGAGAACGGCGACUCCGUCUUCGUCGCAGCGCAUACUUCAGCCGGUAAAACUGUCGUCGCUGAGUAUGCCAUUGCACUCGCUUCGAAACACAUGACAAAGGCAAUCUAUACAUCACCCAUCAAGGCCUUGAGCAACCAAAAGUUCCGCGACUUUCGUCAGACGUUUGACGAAGUGGGUAUUUUGACUGGUGACGUUCAGAUCAACCCGGAGGCAAGCUGUCUGAUCAUGACUACGGAGAUUCUGCGCAGCAUGCUGUACAGAGGAGCGGAUCUGAUUCGAGACGUCGAGUUCGUCAUCUUUGAUGAGGUUCACUACGUCAACGAUUUCGAGCGCGGUGUCGUCUGGGAGGAAGUCAUUAUUAUGCUCCCAGAGCAUGUCACUCUCAUUCUGUUGUCGGCCACUGUGCCCAACACGUACGAAUUCGCCUCUUGGGUUGGAAGGACAAAGCAGAAGGAUAUAUACGUCAUCUCCACCCCCAAGCGACCCAUCCCCCUCGAGCACUACCUCUGGGCUGGCAAGAAUAUCCAUAAGAUCGUGGACUCGGACAAGAAGUUCAUUGAGAAGGGCUGGAAGGAAGCCAACCAGGCCAUCCAAGGGAAGGAUAAACCCAAGACUCCGGAAGUCAACAACACGGCGCGCGGCGGCGGCGGCAGUGGUCAGAGAGGAGGCCAGAGAGGGGGAGCGCAGCGCGGCGGGCAGAGGGGAGGCCCCCGAGGCGGCGGUGGUCAGCAAAGAGGGCGAGGUGGGACACCGCGUGCCAGUCAUAAUCCGGGCCACCUGGGUCGCACUGGUCGCCAAGGUGGCUUCACUUCGGCUGCCCAGGACAAAAACUUAUGGGUUCAUCUCGUUCAGUUCCUGAAAAAGUCUAACUUGCUUCCCGGCUGCAUCUUCGUCUUUUCCAAGAAACGUUGCGAGGAAAAUGCCGAUGCACUUAGCAACCAAGACUUCUGCACUGCGGCCGAGAAGAGUGCCAUUCAUAUGACGAUUGAAAAGUCGAUCGCCAGACUGAAGCCCGAGGACAGAAUCCUGCCUCAAAUCAUCAGACUGAGGGAGCUCCUAUCACGGGGUAUCGCGGUCCACCACGGAGGUCUCUUGCCCAUUGUCAAGGAGAUUGUCGAGAUUCUAUUUGCCCAAACUCUCGUCAAGGUGCUCUUCGCAACGGAGACUUUUGCCAUGGGUCUCAAUCUACCAACCAGAACAGUGGUGUUUUCGGGCUAUCGGAAACAUGACGGCCAUUCGUUCCGCAACUUACUCCCUGGGGAGUAUACGCAGAUGGCGGGUCGCGCAGGACGUCGUGGCCUGGAUACCGUUGGUUCUGUGAUCAUUGUGCCCCCGGGCGGAGAUGAGGCUCCUCCCGUGGCGGACCUCCAGAAGAUGAUACUAGGAGAGCCAUCGAAGCUCAGGUCCCAGUUCCGACUAACUUACAACAUGAUACUCAACUUGCUCCGUGUGGAGGCGCUCAAGAUUGAAGAGAUGAUUAAGCGCAGCUUCUCAGAACACGCCACACAGCAGCUUUUGCCGGAGCACGAGAAGGCCGUCAAAAUAUCCGAGGCAGACUUGGCCAAGAUCAAGAGAGAUUCUUGCAGCAUCUGCGACGUCUCGAUGGACGAAUGCCACCAAGCGUCGCAGGACUACAAGCAGCUGACCGAGGAAAUGUACAAAUUCCUCCUCGGCAUCCCCAUCGGCCGCAAGAUGUUUACCCAGUCGCGCUUAAUCGUAUACAACAAGGACGGCAUUCGCACGCCAGGCAUUCUCCUGUCCGAAGGUACAACCAACAAGGGCCCUCAAGGUAGCCCUACGCUACAUGUAUGCGAGAUCAGGCUCAUGAGAGAGGCACGAGACUCAACGGAUUUGCUGCCAUUCAUCCCGGCGUUCCGCAAGUAUCUCACGCCGCUGCCGCAGGCGAAAAAGCAUAUGCGCAUCAAGACGCUUCACGUACCGUUGAGCGAUGUGGAGUGCCUGACCAGAUACGUAACCAAAGGCAUCGUUCCAGAGAUCUUCCAGAGCGGCGAGAGCUAUCUCAAGGCAAAGGAUAGGCUUCAUUCGCUUUGUCGAUCAUGGGAUGACUUGUGGGACGAGAUGGAUCUCUCGAAGAUCAAGAACCUUCAGUUUCAGGAGACGAUAAAGAAGCGCAAGGAAGCUGAAUUCAGAGCAUCUUCCUCGCCAUCUCUGUCCUGUCCGCAGUUUUUGAAGCACUUCGCCAUGUGUCAUGACCAGUGGCUCAUUAAGGAGCACAUUUCUCAGCUCCGCCAGUCGUUGUCAGACCAGAAUCUUCAGCUUCUGCCCGAUUACGAACAACGUAUUCAGGUAUUGAAACAGCUCCAGUUCAUCGACGAGAGUGCCAGGAUCCAGCUCAAGGGCAAGGUUGCCUGCGAGAUUCACUCUGGCGACGAACUUGUCUUGACGGAGCUAAUCCUAGACAACGUGCUUGCGGACUACGAGCCGGCUGAGAUUGCAGCUUUGCUCUCUGCCUUCGUGUUCCAGGAGAAAACGGAUUCGCAGCCCAAUUUGACGGGUAAUCUUGAGCGGGGCAAGGAUACCAUCAUUGCUAUCAGCGAGAAGGUCAACGAAGUUCAGACGCUCCACCAAGUCAUCCAAGCUGCGGACGACUCCAAUGAUUUCACCUCUCGGCCUAGAUUCGGGCUGAUGGAGGUAGUUUACGAGUGGGCGAGAGGCAUGAGCUUCAAGAACAUCACGGACUUAACGGAUGUCUUGGAGGGCACAAUUGUGCGGACAAUCACACGGCUGGAUGAGACAUGUCGUGAGGUCAAGAACGCUGCUCGUAUCAUCGGCGACCCUGAGUUGUAUCAAAAGAUGCAGACAGCUCAAGAGAUGAUCAAGCGUGACAUCACCGCAGUGGCUAGUUUGUACAUGUAG